AAGGUUUGGGAUCUAGAGAGUGUACCAACGUCAUGGAAUGAGUCGAUAGUUGUCCCUAUCUUUAAAAAGGGUUCACGUCGUUCUUGUAACAACUAUCGGGGGAUAAGUUUACUUCCGAUUGCGUCCAAGCUAUUGGCUUCCGUCAUUCUUCGUAGGUUGUUCAAAACCCGAGAAAGAUUGACUCGCGAGGAGCAGGCUGGGUUUCGUUCUGGUCGAGGAUGUAUUGAUCAUAUCUUCACCCUCCGCCAAAUGUUAGAACACCGCCAUACUUUUCAAAGGCCAACAAUCGUAGUGUUUCUUGACAUCAGGGCUGCCUUCGAUUCGUUGGAUAGGACUGUUCUCUGGGAUUGUCUAUUGAAGAAGGGUGUGCCUGAGAAGUUUAUUAACAUCCUAAAAGCUCUGUAUAAAAACACCUCAGGCAGAGUGAGGGCAUACAACCACCUCUCUCCAUUGUUCCAUUCGAGCAGUGGGGUUAGGCAGGGUUGCCCAAUCUCACCAUUCCUCUUCAACUUUGCCAUCGAUGACAUUCUGGAAACAGCUCUGAUGAAUGUAAGUAAUGGUGGUGUGGAUCUGUUGCCUGGAGAAAGACUUCUCGACCUUGAGUAUGCGGACGAUAUUGUCUUACUGUGCGAUAAUGCCCAAGGCAUGCAAUCCGCACUUAAUCAGUCGGCAAUCAAUGUCCGUAGGUAUGGUAUGUGCUUUGCACCUUCGAAGUGCAAAGUACUUCUACAAGACUGGCAGGAUCCCAAUCCUGUACUCACCCUGAAUGGUGAGCAGAUAGACGUAGUUGAGAAGUUCGUGUAUCUGGGUAGCUGCAUAAGUGCUGGUGGUGGUGUGAGUGAUGAGAUCAAUGCACGAAUAGUGAAAGCCAGAGCGGCUUAUGCCAAUCUGGGCCACCUUUGGCGCCUUCGUGAUGUCAGUCUGGCUGUAAAAGGCCGGAUCUACAACGCGUCGGUGAGAGCAGUUUUGCUCUAUGCUUGUGAAACCUGGCCUCUCCGAGUUGAGGACGUUAGACGACUCUCUGUGUUUGAUCAUCGCUGUCUCCGAAGGAUUGCUGACAUUCAGUGGCAACACCAUGUUAGUAAUGCAGAGGUUCGGCAUCGUGUGUUCGGGCACAGAGAUGAUAACUCAAUUGGUGUCACCAUCUUGAAACACCGACUUCGGUGGCUUGGACAUGUUCUCCGAAUGUCGUCCCAGAGAAUUCCACGUCGUGCAUUAUUUGCCGACUCUGGGACUGGUUGGAAGAAGCGGAGAGGUGGUCAGUGCAUGACAUGGUGUCGUGGCAUGAAAGAAAGCUGCAAAGGACUGGCUUGUGUUGGUCCUUCACGACUCCCUGGCUGGGGUCCGAGAGAUGGUGCAACACAGUGGCUAGAGACGUUAUCAGAUAUGGCUCAGAAUAGAAGCCAGUGGCGAUCCUGCUGUAACCUUCUUUUACUUUCUUCAUAAAAAGUGGUUGUGUCUCCUUUACCUGAAAGAUUUCUUCUGAUUGUACCUCUUCGUCAUUACUCUCUUUUUCUUUUGCGUUCCUUAGUUUUUUUUUUCUUUCUACUUCUCUUCGAAUUCCCAUUGUUUUGUGUGGCGCAUAUAUAUUGGCGCUCUCUUGUACCAAUAUUUAUGUGUUCAAAUAAUAAUAAUAAUAAUUUUUCUAGGACCAAAUUGUUCGUCCAAUAUACUGUGCUAUUGAUCUUAGAGACCUUUCCUCCAAAUCAAAAUUAAAUGACGUUAUAGUAAAGGUGCGGUGGCAUCCGAAAUCUAACAGAACAUUGGUUAUUGUAACCGAAAAUUCCUUUAUAUAUUACAUUCAUUGUGUAAAGUCCUCAGAAAAUCAAAGCAUUCGAUUCAAUUUAUGGCUUGAAGCAGAUCUUUCAGUAUUUACUCAUAGCGCUCUUGAUGCUACCUACCAGGAUAUGAAUGAUUCGGAUGAGAGUUCUUGCAAUGAAAACGAUGAUAACAGUUCAUCAGUGUCCAAUACGAAAAUGAAUCUCAGUUUUGCUUUAGGCAGCAAGUGUGUCGACUUUGAUUUCGGUUCCGCACUAUUUAUAUCAAAACGCGGUUUAUCGGAAGCUCAGUUACAAGAUUGCUGUUUGUUCCUUCUUUACGAAACAGGUGAUGUUAUUCAAGUAUGUGGAUGCUUGUCCGUUCGUAAAAUGAAUCAGCUAAAAUGUAAUGUUUUGCACAUUUUCCCACCAUCAAUUGAUAAUUAUGGAGAUGAAUUCUGUGCUAUUCAUUGUAUUCGUCCUAUUGACAGUUCAGAAAUGCUUUCAUUUGAAAAACCUCCUGAUAUAUUAGUGUUAGCUGAUAAAAUUGGUCGUUUGCAUAAUGGUAUUGUUCUGCGAGCCAAUAUACCUGGACAGAAUAAAAACAAAAAUCAAACUACAACCCCUCCAGUUUUACUAUGUCUCGUUGAUAUUGUGGAUCUUGAUCUAAUGUCUAGUAAUAGAACAACUGUGCAACAGUGUCAUCCAAACGGUAGUAUACUUCAUUCUUCAAAUUAUUCUGAUUACAAUCAUUUUGAAUCUCCAUCGUUGUCAUUAGAACCAGCUAAUCUAAAUUUUUUGGACAAUAUUGAAUAUAAUAGUUAUUCAAUAGAUGGUUCAGAUUUUGUUAAAAAUAGAAUUUUUGGCUUGAAAUAUUCACAUCAAGGAUAUUAUGUAAUUCAUCAUAUGGGCAUUCAUCUUGUUAGUCUGUCAUGGAUUGAAAAUCUUUCACUAUGGUGUAGUGAAUUUAACAGUCAACUGUUAAAUGAUUCUAAUAAAUCUCUUAUUGAAGAGAUUCGGGAUUGGCAGUCAUGUGUGAAACACCUUGUCUGUGGCCAAAUUACCAUCUCUACCCCUGAUGGGAUGAAUGAAGAUAUGGAGGGAAAGUUUAGACUAGCUGGUUUCAUUGAACUAUCAUGUAAUUUCCUGUCAAAAAGUCAACCGAAAUCUAAAACUACAACCACAUUAGCUGAUUGUCGAUCAACUAAAGGUGUCACACUUUUGUUUAUUCGUGCACCUAUCCAACCAAUUGAUUCAACUGCCGGUAUAACUGAUUAUUCAUGUUUGGUACAUUUCAUCACUCUAACACGGAAACCUGAAAGUUAUGCUAUGAAACAGCGUUAUACUGGGUUAGAUUCAAGAACUACUGAUCAUUAUGAUUCCUGUGAUUCAACUCUCCGUUCACAUUUCACAUCUCAAAUAAAACAAGUGUUAUCGGGAGACAAUUCACAUUUUCCGAUGAUAACCGGUUUAAAUUUACAACCCGAUCUUACCCAGCAACAGUUGGUUCAAUUUUUUAUUAAGGUCUCUGAUAUACUGCGCAAAGGACCUCUAGAUCGUCUAAUGAAAGCUCGCUCAAUGAUUGAACAUCACUCUAGACAGUUACAAGAUAUAAUUUCAGCUCAACAUUCCGAAGCAAUGAAGCUAACAUCUGAACGUCAAACUUUACAAUCUAAAGCUGAGGACUUGGCAAAACGUCACUCUGUAAUCGCCGAGCGUCAAAGUAUGUUGGAUAAACGUAUGGCUAACUUAGCAACCCGUUUAGCCGCUUUAGGCGAAGGUCCUACUAAAGCUGAAAUCGCAAUGCGUAGUGAAGUUAUCGUAAUUCGUGAUCGUCUACACAAAGGCCUUAGGCAAUGGUUAUCGAAUCUCAAGAACCGUCGUGACAAAUUGGAAAAACAAAUACUGUUGCGCAAAAAAACAGAUAAAUCAUCUAUUCGUAACUCUCUUCCCAGCAGCCUUCUUAGAACCACCGAAAAUAUCGAAGGAAAUCAGUGGCAAACAGUAUCAGAAGAACUUCGCCGGGAAACUUUAGAAAUCAAAAUGUUAAUUAACGCAGUUAAAACGCUUAACACAAAGACUAUAAAUCCCUCCUAGUGUCUUAUUUUAUUUUCCCGUAUAUAAAUAAUUCCAGAUAGAAAUAAUACUGAACCCGUUCAUUUGGAUUAUUUUGUACACCUAUGAACGUUGAUUCGUUCUCUCUCACGUUAGGCUGCUGCUGUCAGUAUCCGGCCAACAGACAUUCAGCAUCUUAUGUACACAAUUGUUUAUAAAUACUUGUACCAUUUUAAUAAUGGUUGUGUUAGUUCUACAAUUUUUAGUAAAACUGUCUUGGCGUUCGUAAUAAAGAUUCUGAGUUUGAUGUUGACUGACAGUUGUCUUAACUUCCAUAUGUUCUUCAACUCGAGGAAUGCUGUUAUUGCUUUACCAAUCCUCGCCUUUACGUCUGCAUUAAAGCCUCCUUGUUCAUCGAUGAUGUUACCAGGUACGUGAAGGAUUCCACAUCUUCCAUAGCCUCUCUAUCAAGUGUGAUUGGGUUGAUGUUCUCUGUGUUGUAUUUGAGGAUCUAGCUUUCUUCAUUUUGUAUGUUGAGGCCUACUGAUGAAGAAGCUGCUGCUAUACUAGUUGUCUUUAUCUGCAAUUGUUGCUGUGUAUGGAUUAAGAGGGCUAGGUCAUCUGCGAAAUCUGUUCAUUGAAUUCCUCAAUCAAAAAGAGCACAAAAUAAUUUGUUGUUGCCAGUAAAUGUAGUCUCUGACUUAAAAAUUACUUCGAUAAUUUUGUCAUCUACGGAAUCCUCGACCAUAUCACUAUUUAUCAUUUUUUGUCACUGGUUGAAAUAUUGGUCACGUUUCAAAAUGUUUUUUGAUUUGCUGAGUCACAUGGUUGUAAACUUUCUUACUUUUGCUUGUGAUAUCUUUAUUUAAGGUUCAAAAGUUUUCUGUUUGAUCCUAAUAUACACAAUCAUUUAUAUCAACCAAUAUAGGACAAUAUAUUCUAAGAUACUGUAGACAUUGUCUUGAGUUACAAGUUUUCGGUGUCAGAGAUACUACCGUCAAACAUAAAGUAUUCACUUUAAUAUAAUAAACAACACAACUCGAGUCCUAUUAACAUUGCUAGAAAUGUAGAGAUUGUACAUUCUAGUCCGGUUGUUAUUCAUUUUCUUUUCAAGUGACUCAAUAAAAC